UCUAUCCAGCGAUCGCAACGAUCAAGAAUAUGAGCUGUACGGUGCACUAUGAUGCCGCCACACGCACCUGGCAGGGACCGCGGGGCAAGGACUUCUACGGACCUGAAAUGACCCUGGGGGAAGUAAUAAUGCGUGUUCUCAGUCUCAGUUCGGACAAGAUAAUGCAACACUGUGACAUAACGGGCGAAGACCUAACCGGCUCGCAACUAGCUCGACAGAGUGCCAGAAUCGCCCAUGCCUUUAAGCGUCUCGGACUGCAACGCGGCGACGUCAUAGGCAUCUCGGCGAAUAAUACGACAAAUCUAACUAGUGUUGUUAUAGCAGCUCUAUUACGUGGUAUUGCCAUCAAUCCACUGCACCCGGAUUUUGCAGAAGAAACCGUUAAGUAUAUGUAUGAUAUCACAGAACCAAAGUUGAUAUUCUGCGACAUAGAGAACUACACGACUAUUAAAGAUGUGAAUGAAAGAUUGAUUAAGCCGGCAGAGAUCUAUCUGGUCAACGGACUGAUUGAAGGUGUACGCGAUGUCAGCGAGUUGCUCAUUGAUGAUGAGUCUAUAACAGCCGCAGCGUAUAAACCUUGUCCUAAGUUGCAUGGUGAUCACACAGCUUUCAUAGUUUGUUCUUCGGGUACUACGGGCAUGCCCAAAGGAGUAACACGAUCACAUCGUAGUUUGCUUGGAAAUUGCAAGAAUCCAAACACAUACACCAGAGAUGCCAUUCUCUUGUCCUUCAGCCCCCUAUAUUGGAUUUCUGGGACCAUUAUCUUGCUGGCAUCUCUUCUUAAUGGCUGUAAACGCAUCAUAACAAAUCGACCUUAUUCCGUUGAUUAUCUCUUAAGCAUUGUAUCUACCCAUCGAGUGACGUUCCUCUUCUUGGCCUCGCACCAAAUCGCUCUGCUAGCCAAAUGUGAGAUGGAUCUACUGAAGCUACGGGCUCAACUGGCCUCCAUACGUGUUGUAAUCGGAGCUGGAUCGAAGGUCUGCAAGGCUGUUUCCCGUCGCAUGUAUGAUCUGAUAGGAACCACACGAUUCAUCGUGGGGUAUGGUCUGUCUGAGAUGGGCGGAAUAAGUAAGAAUCUGGGAGGUCCUUUAGGCUGCGAGGGUAAGAUAAUGCGAAAUGUUGAUGUCCGCGUGCUGGACAAAUUGGGAAUGCCAUUGGGACUCAAUGAGGUGGGGAUCAUCUAUGCCUAUCUUCGCUAUAAAUGGGAGGGCUACUACCGUAAUCCAGAAGCCACGAAACGCGCUCUAACCGAGGACGGUCAGUGGUUUAGAACUGGUGAUAUUGGUUAUAUAGACAGCGAAGGGUAUCUGUAUAUACAGACACGUGAUACAGAUGUCUUCAAGUUCAAUAAUUUCCAAAUAUAUCCCGAACAAAUUGAAGAGUUUAUUCUGCGCCUUCCGGGAGUUAGUGAGGCAUGCGUUUUCGGAGUUCCCGAUGAUGUGUCAACUAAUCUAACUGCCUGUGCUGUGGUAAGGGCAGAUAAUUUGGAGGGAAAACAACUUAGAGCUAAUCAAAUUACAUCCAUUGUCGAAAUGCAUUUAAGUGGGGCAUAUCACAUACGUGGAGGAAUUUAUUUCGUCAAGUCUUUACCAAAAACAUCCAAUGAUAAGCUCCAAAGGCGUAAAGUACUACAAAUGGUCAAAGAAUUAGGAAUACCAUCUGAAUAACUUGUGCACUAAAAAAGGAAUCCCGAGAUUUUACAAACCUAUAAACUCAACUCACAUCCAGAUAUACACAAAUUCGUUUUCGAAUAAAUACAAACACAAAAAGUGUAUUAA